CUGCUCAGCAGCAGACGCGGAACCAGGGUGCUCGGUUGCACCGGCCCGCCGCCGGCUGGACGCAGGGACAUGGGUUCCGCCGAGCGCCCGCGCCGCUCGCUCCCGCUGCUGCCGCUCCUGCUGCUGCUGUCGCCGCCCACGCCGUGCCCCGCGCGCCGCGCCGCGCGCUUCGACCCCACCUGGGAGUCCCUGGACGCCCGCCCGCUGCCCGCCUGGUUCGACCAGGCCAAGUUCGGCAUCUUCAUCCACUGGGGCGUGUUCUCCGUGCCCAGCUUCGGGAGCGAAUGGUUCUGGUGGUAUUGGCAAAAGGAAAAGAGGCCAAUGUUUGUGAACUUUAUGAAAGAUAAUUACCCCCCUGAUUUUAAAUAUGAAGAUUUUGGACCACAAUUUACAGCCAAAUUUUUUAAUGCCAACCAGUGGGCAGAUCUCCUUCAGGCCUCCGGUGCCAAAUAUGUUGUUUUAACUUCCAAACAUCAUGAAGGCUUCACCUUGUGGGGUUCAAAGUAUUCGUGGAACUGGAAUGCUGUAGAUGAGGGGCCGAAGAGGGACAUUGUCAGGGAACUUGAAGUGGCCAUUAGGAACAGAACUGACUUGCGUUUUGGACUAUACUAUUCUCUUUUUGAAUGGUUUCAUCCGCUCUUCUUAGAAGAUCAAUCUAGUUCAUUUCAUAAGCAACAAUUUCCAGUUUCUAAGAUGUUGCCUGAGAUCUCUGAGUUAGUCAACAAGUAUCGGCCUGAGGUCCUAUGGUCAGAUGGAGAUGGAGGGGCGCCAGAUUCCUACUGGAACAGCACUGGCUUCUUAGCCUGGCUGUAUAAUGACAGCCCAGUUCGGGACACAGUGGUCACCAAUGAUCGUUGGGGAGCUGGUAGCAUCUGUAAGCAUGGUGGCUACUAUACCUGCAGUGAUCGUUACAACCCAGGACAUCUUUUGCCACAUAAAUGGGAAAACUGUAUGACAAUAGACAAAUUUUCCUGGGGCUAUAGGAGGAAUGCUAGAAUCAGUGACUACCUUACAAUUGAAGAAUUGGUGAAGCAACUUGUAGAAACAGUUUCAUGUGGUGGAAAUCUCUUGAUGAAUAUUGGGCCUACACUAGAUGGCACCAUCUCUGCAAUUUUUGAGGAGCGAUUAAGGCAAAUGGGGGCCUGGCUGAAAGUCAACGGGGAAGCUAUCUACGACAGCCACACCUGGCGAUCCCAGAAUGACACCAUCACCCCAGAUGUGUGGUACACAUCUAAACCUAAAGAAAACUUGGUCUAUGCUAUUUUUCUUGAGUGGCCUACCUCAGGAUUGCUGAUUCUUGGCCAACCCAAUGCUACUCUGGGGGCAACAAAGAUAAAACUGCUGGGACAUGGACAACCACUUAACUGGAUUUCUUCGGAGCAAAAGGGCAUUACAGUAGAGCUGCCACAGCUGACAGUUCAUCAGAUGCCCUGUAAAUGGGGCUGGACCCUGGCACUGACGAACGUGAUCUGAUGUGUAGCAGAGAGGCCUGUGCUGCAGUUACCUCCUAGACUAGGAAACAUAAACUUUCUCUAAUCUUAUCUGAUGGAGAUGGCAAAUGUAAAAUUGGUUGAGAAAAAUCAAGUAAUUACUUUGGCAAUUUAGCCCCUUUUCCUUCCGUCUCCCUAAAUUCCUUCCUAAAUUACUCAUGCAACCAUUUUAACUUUUCAGUGUAUUUUGUCAUUAAAGUCUGUUCACACUGAAUGUGUUCCCAAGAGUGACUGAGAGGGAGACUUUGUUUUAGAGUAUCUAGGAAUUCAUGGUGUUGUGGACAGAAUUGUUCCUUCCCAGACUCUUACUUUGAAACCCUGGACCCCAGUGUGAGUGUCUUUGGAAAUAGGACCUUUAAGAAGUAAUUAAGGACCAGCGCCGCAGCUCACUAGGCUAAUCCUCCAUCUUGUGGCACCGGCACACCAGGUUCUAGUCCCGGUUGGGGCACCAGAUUCUGUCCCGGUUGCCCCUCUUCCAGGCCAGCUCUCUGCUGUGGCCCAGGAGUGCAGUGGAGGAUGGCCCAGGUGCUUGGGCCCCGCACCCCGUGGGAGACCAGGAGAAGCCCCUGGCUCCUGCCAUCGGAUCAGCGCGGUGCGCCGGCCGCAGCACGCCAGCCGCGGCGGCCAUUGGAGGGUGAACCAACGGCAAAGGAAGACCUUUCUCUCUCUCUCUCUCCCUGUCAAAAAAAAAAAAAAAAGAAGUAAUUAAGGCUAAAUGAAGUUAUAAGGUUGGGACCCUAAUCCAAUAGGAUUAGAGUCCUUCAAGGAAGGGAAAAAGACACCAGGGAUCCAAGAGCACAGAGGGAAUCCAUGUAAAGACACAGUGAGAAGCCGGCCUGGUUCGUGCCAAUGAGAGAAGCCUCACAAGAAACCAAAUCAACACCUUGAUCUUGGACUUCAGCCUCUACAAUUAUGAAACAAUAAAUUUCUGUUGCUUAAUCCA